AUGCCCCUGCUGGCGCCCGCCGUUGCUUCAGAUCGUGCUACUGCUGCUGCCGCUGCCGUUGCUAGUCGACCUGCUGUCACUACUAUAGCUGUUGCUGCUAAUGCCCGUGCUCGUGCUGACCAUGGUCGUUAUCGUCGUCAUCAUCACCAUAGCUCUCAUCGUCUCCUUGAGCUGCCGCCUCUUACAUCCCUCCUUCAAGCCUACCAUGGCCUCUCCAUCCGCCCAUUACUACCUCCACCAUCUCCCCAUCUUCUCCUCCAGGUCAGGGGCAAGAAGACCACCACCAUAAGGCUGUCUGAUUUGCCUCAGGGUCUCAUUCAGCCCACGCCGCCUCCGCCAGCCCCGUUGCCGCUCCCGUCGCUCCCCCAGGACCCCCCGGCGUACCCUACCGUGGUGCUCCAGGCGCGCCAGAACAUGGACCGUUUCGACAACUGCGUCCUGUUAACUCGUGUAGGAGGCUUCUAUGAGCUGUACUUUGAGCAUGCAGACGAGUACGGACCCUUGCUCAAUCUCAAGGUUGCCUCAAAGAAGACCAAUGCCGGUCCUGUGCCCAUGGCCGGGUUCCCCUUCUUCCAGCUGGAUCGAUUCCUCAAAAUUCUCGUCCAAGAUCUCAACCGUCAUGUCGCCAUCGCCGAAGAGUUCCCCAACUCACCCACAGACAAGGUCAAGUCUGGCGGGCUGAUGCACGACCGCAGAGUCGCCCGUAUCAUCACUCCAGGCACUCUCAUCGAUGAAAACUUUAUGGACCCGUACGCAAGCAACUAUGUUCUAGCGAUCGAUAUCGGCCGAGUGCCGAAUCAGAUGGACGGGCUCCCGGGCCAUGAAUCCGCAUCCGAUACGGCAUCAGCCCACCCCCUCCCGUCAGGUGUUGGCCCGGACGUUGGGGACGCCCAGCCGUGCGACGACGCCGUGCCACUCGGCCUGGCAUGGCUCGAUCUCUCGACCGGCCACUUUUGCACUCAGCAAACCAAUCUUGCAUCCUUGCCGGCGAUCCUUUCCCGACUCUGCCCGCGCGAGCUCGUCCUCGACCAGGAAUUGCAGUCUGAUACGGACCAUGGCAUCUUUGCUCUCCUCGCUGAGGACCGUCACAUUAUCACCUAUGCGCCCCGGCCUGAUGACUCCCUACUCAGCCCCAACGGCUGGGCGCCCAUGCUCGAGUCUGCCCUAUCUGCUUCUGAGGCCGCUGCCUUUUCCCCCGCGGAGGUGUGCGCUGCGGGUGCCCUCCUCAGCUAUGUCAAGGAUCGUCUGCAGGGCAUGAGCAUGAAAUUGCAGCCCCCGCUUAGGCAGGAGAAUAUGCACACCAUGGCCAUCGACAGAAACAGUCUUCGGGCCCUUGAGAUAAGACAGACUAUCCGCGAUGGUGCUUUCCGGGGCAGUCUACUCCAUGCCAUACGACGCACCGUCACCAAGAGCGGUGCCCGCCUGCUCAACGAGUGGCUCAGCGCGCCGUCGACCUCGCUCGAUGUCAUCACUGGUAGACAGGACCUCGUCGCUCGCUUCAUCGCCGACGAGGACCUCCGUGACUCUGUAGUCCUUUUGCUGCGUAGGAGUUAUGACUCUCAGCGCCUGGUCCAAAAGUUCACACUUGGCCGCGGUGACGCCGACGACCUCUUGGGCUUGGCCAACACCAUCCAUGCUACCAGGGACAUUGUUGCGCUCCUAGACCGUGCCCUCCCGAGCGAUUCCAACCUCGACUGCUUUGCUUCCUUGACUGCCCGGAUUAGCCUCCCCCAGCCCCUGAAGCUUGCUCGCCGCAUCAAGGAGGCGAUUGACGAAGAGGGUGUGGUCCAGCAGCAUGAGGCACAAGACUCUGAGGCCAGCCAGAUGAUCGCCCUGGCUGAGGAUAUUGUUAACAGCGAAGGUUCACAUGACGAUGCUGCCGUGCUCCCCAAGGGCAAGCGGAAGCGGCCCACAAGUGUCCGGGAGUAUUAUGCUGAAGACGACGAUAACUGGAUUAUGAAGCCCGCUGCCAGUCCUACCUUGAAGCGACUCCAUUCUGAACUGACAGCUUUGCGCCAGGAAAAGGUUACGCUCAAUGAGACACUCCGCGAACGCCUCGGUGCCCCUAGCCUGUCCCUCAAGUGGACUCCUGGCCUCGGGCACAUCGCCCAUAUCAAGGGCAAAGACGCACGCAAUCUCGUUGACGUGCGACCCCUCUCGUCCAGCCGCUCUACACGAUCCUUUCACCUCACCGAAUGGACACAUCUUGGCCAACGACUCGACCAGGUGCGCAUGCAGAUCCGCGCCGAGGAGCAGGCCGUCUUCUACUCACUCCGUGAGCACGUCGUCCGCAAUCUCGUCAAGCUUCGCCGCAACGCCGCCGUCCUCGAUGAGCUCGACAUAGCCACGGCAUUCGCCAAGCUCGCUCGCGAGCAGCAUCUCGUGCGACCGUCCCUCAACAACACGACUAGUCACACCAUCGUCGGAGGUCGACACCCCACCGUCGAGGGAGGUCUCUUUGAGCAGGGCCGGAACUUUGUUCGGAACGACUGUCUUGUAGGGUCGUCCAAGGACGGGCGUGUCUGGCUCAUCACGGGACCAAACAUGGCUGGCAAGAGCACCUUUCUCCGCCAGAACGCACUCAUCACCAUCCUGGCGCAGAUCGGUUGCUAUGUCCCAGCGUCAUACGCCGAGAUAGGGGUUGUAGACGCCAUCUUCAGCCGCGUGGGCUCGGCGGACAACCUCUACCGAGACCAGAGCACCUUCAUGGUUGAGAUGCUGGAGACGGCUCACAUCCUCAAGCAGGCCACACCACGAUCAUUCGUCAUCAUGGAUGAGAUCGGCCGAGGCACGACGCCGGAGGAUGGCACGGCUGUCUCCUAUGCGUGCCUGCAUCACCUGGCAACCAUCAACCAAUGCCGGACCCUCUUUGCUACACACUUUCACGGCGUUGCUGACCUGGCCGCGGCCGAGGGCUUGUGCUCCCCGGACGGGGGCACGGUGCAGACGUAUUGCACCGACGUGGACGAGGACGGACAGGGAGGGUUUGUCUACAAUCACAAGCUACGGAGAGGCAUUAACCGCCAGAGCCACGCCCUCAAGGUCGCGAGACUGGCAGGUCUCCCGGGUCGGGCGAUAGAUACGGCUCGGAGAAUACUAGAUCAUCCCACAGAGUCGGCUGGGGUAGGGCAGCAUACGGGACAGGCCGGGACGGGGUGA